GCCAUUAGCAACAAACAGAAAAUUCCAUUUAUGUGUUUUCAAAGAAACACUCACAAACAAUCUUUUGUUUCUCCUCAGCAUCGCACUUCUCUUCAUCUCUAACCUAACAAUGUCACUCCCGAUAUCAAAGUUAAGGUUCUCUCUUUCUUAUUCCAAUUCCAAGUUUUCUCCUUUUCUUUCAAACCCUUCUUCCUUCUCUUGCUUUCACUUACACUAUCAUUCUCAGCCUCCUUCACUUGACCAUGACAAUGUUCACGACCUCGUCUCCCAAUUUCAUAGCAUGUUUCAUAUGCGUCUUGUUCCUCCCAUCUACGAAUUUGGGCUGAUUUUGGGAUCUCUUACAAGGAUGAAAUACUAUCCUACAACUAUUUCCCUUUUUAAACAAAUGGAGCUCAAGGGAAUUCAGAGUAAUCUUGUCAUUCUCAACAUCGUCAUCAAUUGUUUCUGCCACUUAGGCCAAAUGCCCUUCUCUUUCUCUAUUCUUGCCAAGAUUCUCAAACGAGGUUAUCAUCCAAGUGUCAUAACCUUAAGUACCCUCAUGAAAGGUCUUUGUCUUAACAGUGAAGUCAAGAAAGCACUUUCUUUUCAUGACAAGGCACUAGCACAAGGAUUUAGACUUAACGAGGUUAGUUACGGGAUCUUGAUCGAUGGCUUGUGUAAGGUAGGAGAAACCGAAGUUGCUAUCAAGUUGCUCAGAAUAAUAGAAGGCGGAUUAUGUAAGUCCGAUGUGGUAAUGUAUGCAAGUAUAAUUGACUCUCUAUUUAAAGAUAAUCUUGCAAAAGAGGCUUAUGAUAUGGUUAUUAAAAUGAUGUCAAAUAACAUCAUACCUAAUGUUUAUAUCUAUAAUAUAAUGAUGGAUCCUUUAUGUAAGGAAGGAAAGAUAAAAGAAGCUAAGAAUGUGCUAGGUGUGAUGGUGAAAGCUUGUGUGAAACCUGAUAGUGUUACUUUUAGCACUUUGAUGGAUGGGUAUAUUUUAGUUAACGAGGUACAAAAUGCUAAACACAUAUUUAAUGUUAUGACUAAAACUGGAGUAACUCCUAAUAUUUACAGCUAUAAUAUCAUGAUUAAUGGAUUAUGUAAAAGUAAAAGAGUGGAUGAGGCCAUGAAUCUCUUUCAGAAAAUGCACAAGAGGAAGGUGGUUCCUAAUACAGUGACUUACACUACUCUUAUUGAUGGUUUAUGCAAAUCUGGGAGAAUAACUCAUGUUUGGGAUCUUAUUGAUGAGAUGCAUGAUAAAAAUCAACAACUGAAUGUAAUCACUUACAAUUGCUUGAUACAUGCUUUAUGUAAAAACAAUCAUCUAGACCAGGCAUUUGAGUUAUUCAAGAUAAUGAUGGAAAAGAAAAUUAUGCCAAAUAUGUACAUCUGGAACACACUUAUUGAGGGAAUGUGCAGAGGAGGAAGAUUUGAGGAGGCACAAGAGACCUUCCAAGAUCUUUUAAUUAAAGGCUAUCCUUUAGACGUACAUUGUUAUACUACUAUGAUCAAUGGUCUUUGUAAAAAGGGUUUACUUGAUGAGGCAUUGACCUUAUGGUCCAAAAUGGAAGACAAUGGUUGUUUACCUGAUGUAGUAACUUUUGAAAUAAUGAUUACGGCUCUUUUUCGAAAGGAUGAGAAUGAUAAGGCAGAGACAUUUCUUCGUGAAAUGAUAUUGAGAGGCUUGUUGACAUGAUAAAAGGCACCACUUAUACUAGAUGAAGUGUUGUUGCUGCUGCAGCAGAGUGGCCAGAGUGGUUGAGUAGAAGGAAGCAAAGCUUCAAGUCAGCUUCAAAUUUUUGUUUGUAGUAGUAGUACAUAUUUGAUACUUUCUUUAGCUUGUGUAAUUAAAGGUAGUAAAUAUAACAAAUUGUACUGCUACAAGUUUUAAAUUGAAUAAAUAAGCUUCAAUCCGUUGAAAAGAGGGUCCAUUGGUAAAUCAAUGCAAUUGAAAUUUUGGAUAUAUUGUUAUGAAGUUGUAGUAUAUGCCAUGACUCUUUCUGGUGUUUGCUGCAGCUUCCUGUCUCUUGAAUAUUUUACCCUGAACUUCUUCAAGAAAUGCUACAGUAUGACAUCAUCUUUCGUGUGUAUGAUUACAAAAUAGUUGAGAUGUUAUCACUCUAUUAAGUUAUGAGGUGCCUCCAAUUGAUAGUUUCAUAAGAAAACUACAAUUAAAUUAACAUUGUAUCAUAACAAGCAGUAAACAUGGCAUUUUAAAGAUACAGUUCUUUGUGGGAUUAUAAUCUGCAUAAGAACAUUCUUAACACAAAUAGAAUUCAUUUGCUACUAUAUCAAAAUCAGAAAAUUAUUAUUAUAGAAAUUUGUUUUUGAUUUGUAUGUGAUAACUUCUCCCUUUUUUAUUUCUUGCUUCCUACUUCUUUCCUUUUAGGCUUUUCAAUUUUUGAAAGUUUUAGUUGAUCUGCAGUGAAACUAUAACAAUCCCAUGAUAGACCCCGGGAGAUUGGGACAUCAUGAGAAGCGUGAAAUUGUCAGCUAUGUUACUGUCCUAUGUAUAUUCUAGAAAUGUUUUUUUUUAUGCUUGCAUAUAUAUGGUU